AUGUUCGCCGGGUACCCUUCGCAGCUCAUUCUCCGCUUUGCUUCCGUCUGGUACUGUACCUCUGGAGAAGCAAAGCGUCCCCAAGCGCAGCCGAAGCUCCCAGAAAACACACGGCAUGGGCAGCUUCUGAGCUAUGACAGGAGCGAACAACUACGACCAGCAUGUUUCUGCCGUGGGUUGAUUUACAAUCGACUCAGCAAUUCUUGGAACAUCUUGGAGGAACACGAGACCAAGUACGUCGCCCUGAAGGCAGAGCCGGACCCGGCUCCCGCCGCGGAGCCGGAGCGGGCGACCGCUCCGGCUCCGGCGCUGGGCGUCAAAGCCGCUCCGUGGCGGUGA